GUUAAUUUCGGCUGUGAACUGCUGCAACACGUUGCAGUUAUCAAUAUUCUGACUGUGACGAACCAGAGGAAAAAAAGUAAGGGAGGGGGAGGGUGCGUUGAAUCAAACGCCAAAGCACUGUGCAAGUGUGCAAGGCGGAAAGUGAGCGAGCCAGGGAGCGAACCGAAGCGCGCAUGAGAGAGAGGGAGAGAGAGAAACUGCACUGAUGAUCGACGCCAGCCUGCCACCACUCUGUAGCAGUGAGUGGCUGCAACAAAAGCACAGAAUAACAUCUCAGCUCCUCUUCUCUGCUUUUCCCCUCACUGCAUCUCCUUUCCUCGGUGCCGAGAACUCCACACAACACAGCAGAGCCACACGGAACUGGCAUCGCAAGUGCAGCCUCUGCCUGCCAUCAACAAGUUAGGGAUGAAGGACCUUGAGUACUGAAAGAGGAAUGCGUGAUCUUCAAUUAACCAAUUGAGCUGACAUCAUUGCGGUGAAAAAGGAAAGAGGCAGCUAAGGAACGGAGGGAUCUGCUCAGCGGUGCUGCUUUGGAUGCAAAUCAUCAACUUCAAAUUUACGGAUUCUUGGAAGGAAAAUAAUGCUCAUCUUUUCUUAAUCUGGGAAUUGAAUAGCAGGACUGAAAAAGGACAGAACCAAAAAAAGAGAAAACAGCAUCCCAGGACAUGGAAUUCCUGAAUUUGGUUCAACUGGGGGGGCUCAGCACUUCUUUAUUUCUGAAGAGCUUGAUUCCUUUUGUAUUUACCCAAAAGGCUUUUUUCCCUUUGGAUUUCUCUUCCAUCUGGCUGCUCCAAAAGUCUGCGGAAAAAGACAGUUGAAUGCAGCCUCCGAUGUACACAAAAGAAUGGGUUUCCAUUCAAGGUGGCCAUUGGUGGGACAAGCACCAGCGGCACUUUGUGUGAUCAGCAUGCUACUGUGCCUCCCUCCUGUGUCAUGCACAACCUGCCCCCAGAAAUGCCGAUGUGAAGACCUGCAGUUUUACUGCGACACGCAGGGGCUCCUGGCGCCCCCAGACGGUGUGGAUAAAGGGGCCCUUGGACUUUCGCUCAGACACAACAGCAUCAGUGAGCUCAGCUCAGACCAGUUCUUUGGCUUCACCCAGCUCACUUGGCUUCAUCUGGACCACAACCAAAUAACCACCGUGCAUGAGGAUGCCUUCCAGGGGCUGUACAAGCUCAAGGACCUUAACCUGAGCUCAAACCGCAUCACCAAGCUGCCAAACACAACCUUCAUCCACCUCAUCAACCUGCAGAUCUUGGAUCUCUCCUUCAACCAGAUGACUGCUCUGGAGCCCGAGCUCUUUCACGGGCUCCGGAAACUCCAGAUCCUUCACCUGCGGUCAAACUCCCUGCGCACGACACCCGUGCGGGCCUUCUGGGACUGCCGGAGCCUGGAAUACCUUGGCCUGAGCAACAACCGGCUCCGUAGCCUGGCCCGGAACGGCUUUGCCGGGUUAAUUAAGCUCCGGGAACUCCAUUUGGAACACAAUCACUUGACCAAGAUUAACUUGGCACACUUCCCUCGUCUGGUUGCCCUCCAGUUCCUUUAUCUACAGUGGAACAAGAUCAACAAUUUAACAUGCACCAUGGAAUGGAAAUGGACAACUCUGGAGAAACUGGAUCUCACUGGGAACGAGAUACGUGUACUCACCCCCGAUGUGUUCGAGACUUUGCCCAGCCUCAAGAUCUUGCUGCUGGAUAACAACAAACUGACAAGCCUCGACACUCAAACCAUGGAUAUGUGGAAGUCCCUAACUGCAAUCGGGUUGUCGAGCAACCUUUGGGAAUGUACCAAACGAAUCUGCAAUUUGGCCACUUGGCUGAGCACCUUUAAGGGUCGAUGGGAGCAUUCUAUCCUCUGCCACAGUCCUGAGUACGCACAGGGCGAGGAAAUACUGGAUGCUGUUUACGGAUUCCAACUUUGCCAAAAUUUCUCAGCCCCGGUCAUACUGACCAGUACAAGCACGGAUGCCAUGCUCCCUGAGAUCACAAGCUCCCUGUUUGGAAAUAUGCAGACCCCUACGCAAGACUUCUAUGCAGAGGAUUUUGGGAGCUUUACGAUUGUCACUACUACUACAACCACCACCCAACCCCCACGCACUGCCCUUGCUACUACCAUGACGGUGGAGGGUGCAGAUGUUACCGAGGACUACUCUGCUAUGGACAACACAUUGCUGACCCAGAGGGUCAUCAUUGGCACCAUGGCUCUGUUGUUUUCAUUCUUUCUCAUUAUUUUUGUAGUGUACAUAUCGCGAAAAUGCUGCCCUCCCACUCUGAGGCGGAUCCGCCAUUGCUCGGCCAUUCAGAACCGGCGACAGAUGAGGACCCAGCAGAGGCAGCCAAUGGCGGACCUGGCUACACAGGUGCCCUAUAACGAGUAUGAGCCUAGUCACGAGGAGGGUGCACUUGUGAUCAUCAAUGGCUAUGGGCAGUGCAAAUGUCAGCAACUGCCUUACAAAGAGUGUGAAGUAUAAACUCUAUUUAUUCCUGCAGUUUAUGGGUUUAAACAUUCGUCCGUUUCAAAAGAUACAGGGUUUGCUUUUGGACAUUUUUUGUUCCCUUUUCAGUUUGUAUGAAGAAGAAAGUUUCUUUGAAAUUGUUAGUUAUGGAAAUCUAUGAAAGCUUGAGAUGACGGAUGAAUUUGAAAAAAAAGAAAAAAAAAAAAAAACGAGGAAAUAUAGAGAAGUUUAUUUUUGUAAUACAAAUGCAAAGGUUCAUAUCUAGCUGGGGCAAUCAAUCUCAGCCGAGGAAGGUUGGAUGCGUCACUGCAUCACCAGUUUGUGUACUAUGUAUUCUGCAGCACAGAGAUGAGAAAUCUAUAGCCAAACCGCCUGGAACCCUGUGCUCCAGAAAAGAGUUUAUAAAAUGACAUAUCUUCUGAUAAAUGGUGAAAUUUUAUUACAUGGAAGAAUAGUGUUACAUAUGCUGAGCAGUGCAAAUUUAAAAGGAUAAAAAAAGACUUUGUGCACGUUAGCAACACUAUAGAUCUCACUCACAUAUUUACUUUUGGGGAGAGGAAACAAAAAACAAAAAAAGAUCAAUACAAAGCAGAAUUUUUAACUCACCUUUUCUAAAUUGAGAACAAGUACUGUUACAAAUUGAGCCACAUAAUUAAAUUUAGAUUUGAACAGAGAAUUCAACCCACUCAUGUUACUUGGCUUCCUCAUGUGGCAGAAAUGAUCGUUUCACUUUGAUCAAGUCUUAAAUUCAAACUAAUGAGAACACUUAACAGCCUUCACAUUUCUGCAUUUGGUUAAAUUCAAUAAACUCUGUCCACUUCCUUGAAAUCUUAAAGCCUAGCACUUGGUGUGAAAAGGUUAAUGUCCAAUAUGGCUCUACACUGGUUCUAACAAAAUGUCCCAACAAGCUCCCUCUAUUACGACUUCAGCAGGGAUUUACUAGAUGUUUAACAGAGGCAAUUGCUCAAUUAUCAUUGUGCAUAUAUUCUUACAUAAGAUUGCUUAAAACACCGACAUCCUCACUGUGACAGAACAAUGCUGCUUAGAUCACUGCAUCAUUAAUUAAUGGUAGGGACCAUCAAAGAAAGCUAGACGAAGCAAACACCAGCGAGAACAUCCUAGUGAGAAGGGUAGGAAAAAGAAAGGCGGCAUGCAGAGGACACUGACAAUUGUCUCCUAAAAAUAAAUGUGCACGCUUGGCGUCGCACUGUUCGAAUGCAGCAAAGAGCAUAAUCACACCUGACAGCUUCAACAUUGAGUCAAUUAAGCCCUGGGAAAACUAAUCUAAUAUUCUGUCACCCUAAACCUCUGCCCUGAAUGUUUCAGCCUCCUCGGACAGUGCUUGAGAUGGAAAAGAGAAAAAAAAAAGAAAAAAAAAAAAAAAAAGUAUCUUCUGUCUUCAUGGAAACAAGAGAGUUAUUACUUUACAGCCUUGCUCCUUUUAGUCCAUAAAUACAAAAAAAAGCCUUUUUUGUCUGUGCAGGAAAUAUCCAGAGGUUCAUACCAAGGACACGAAAGAAACAGAAAAGCUGAAGUAAAGCAUAACGCAGCUCUCAGGAGAGCAGGCAGAAGACGGCAGGAGGCUGGGUCAGGAGACAUUUGUAUGCAGCACUGAGAGGACAGACAUUAGCAUCAAACUAAAGAAGCUGCUGCUGCAGUAGCUCUUUGUGUUGCAAUCAGGAGUUGGGGGCAGGGAUGCACAGGGGGGUAAAGGGAGCACAAACACCAGUUAGCAUCUAAUUGAAGUCAAUGAGCAUCUUAGGAACCACUGAGUGAGGCUGAAUCAGGGUACAGAAACCAUUACAAGAAAAAAGAACUGCAUGACAAAACAGUGACUGACAACACCCUGGGCAAGAUCUGGAAAGCACUGAAUGCCACCCUAGUCGAGACGCAAUUAUUGCCUCAGUGCAGAGGAAAAAAAAAAAAAAAAAAAAAAAAAAAAAAAAAAAUUGUGUCAUCAAGCUAUAUAGCUUAAGAGAAAACUGCUUUAGUCAUAUCCUGGCAGAUGUUUUUGGUGUAAAGCUCAAAAUCUGAGAAAUUGGUAUCUAUAUGAAAGCUAUUCUGGUCACCUACCAGAAAAGGAAAACAGGAAAGAAAAAAAAAAGUAACUGUCCAAUAGUGAAAUUAAGCAUGCCAGAAGAGACUGGUUAAAGUUGUCCUCUAGAGGGUGCUGUAAAAUACCAUGAACGAGAAAUGACUGCAAAACUCCAACCCUGCAAGAGACAACUUUAUGUUGGUAAGGAUAAGUAGAAAGGGAAUGCAGGACUGUGUAGCUGAUCUUUUCUGUACAUCCAGAGAUGUAGCUGGGAACUUGCAUUCCAAAAUGCAUUUUUCAAAUGCUGUUGGACUAAACGAGGAAAACUACAGCUAACAUUUACUAAGCCAAGAACAUCCACCAAUGGUGUUGUUUUGUUUUGGAUUUAGUGAAGCCGACCUUUGCUUUAUGCAUUCCUCAAAAACAUCUUGCAUGUUUAAAGAAAACAGUUUACCUGACAUGCACAUCAGCACCAUCCCAAAAAAAAAAAAAAAAAGCCUCAUUCUGAUAUGACAAGUUUAGGCGUGUGUGGUUGAAGAACGACCUUCUAAUGAAAUACUGACAAACUGUUUAAACUAUCAGCUUAUAAACAAAUCACGAAACCACUGAACAUGAAUCCAUUUGCACUCCUGUAAACUGUUUUGUUUUUUUGAGGGGGGUAUCUUUCCAUACGCUGAAGUCCUGCUGCUCACUCUGGCCAAAACAGCCCCUUUCAAAUCACAACCCAAAAACUUCUUUGUGCAAAAAUGAAUGCUUUUCACCCUCCUCUCCCCAAAACCCCGCUUUUUCCUUUUGUAUUGUAAUAUGUACUAUUUCAUAUCUGUAUAGUGGGUAAAGAUGUGGCCAACUGAAAAGAUCUUUUUUUUUUUCCUUAAGACGUAUAUUUUUAAAUAAAAAAUGUUACAAUUUAUAAA